ACUUACAAUCUGACAACCCUUCCAAUUCUCCUCAGAGCAACCCCCUCUCCACAGAAGACCAGAGUAACCUCUUACAUUAGGAUCAUCAGGCUCUGAUAAACUGGAUUAUACCCAUCUUGCAGGAUCAGAUUGUAAGUCUCUUAUCAUUCUCCACCUUGCUGGAGGGAGGAGGAAGAAUCACAAUCUUUCAUAAAUUGAAAGGCAAAAAUCAAAUUGAGAUCCAAGAAUUUAUUUGAAUUUUUUUCCAAAGGAACUGUGUUUGAAACGUGAGAAAAUACAGCUGGAUCAUACCUUUUAUGAUCCCAGUGCAUAGGAGAUCCUUGGCACAGUGACCCCCUGCCCCCGUUCCACUGGCAGUGUUCCACACCUCUGACUGCCUCUUCUCUUCAAAGUCUAUGGAAGGCUCACUACAGGACAUAACUACUGGAUAAGAAAAUAUCCAAGACAAGAGUGAGUAUGACCCAAAGGAAAAUGUGGUUGGAAUCUGGACACACCUUUGCAUCUUGAUCUUGUUGUUGAACUGUAGCAUAAAACACAUUGAAUCAGAUUUAAUGAUGGAGAGAAAUUGGAUCAUUCAGUCGCUGCUCCUCUUGUCAGUUACCAUGUUUUUUGCCAUUGCUAUACCAAAUGAGCAGAAUCAGAAUGUGACACAAGACUACACUCAUUUGAGUGUGACUAGGAAUAAAAUUAUGACAGCACAGUAUGAAUGCUAUCAGAAAAUUACACAAGAUCCUAUUCGUGGUAAAGAAGGUCCUUACUGUAACAGAACAUGGGAUGGUUGGUUGUGUUGGAAUGAUGCUGCAGCAGGAACCAUAUCAGUACAACGCUGUCCUGAUUACUUUCAGGACUUUAACCCAUCAGAAAAAGUUACAAAGAUUUGUGACCAAAAUGGAAACUGGUUUAAACAUCCUGAAAGCAACAGAACAUGGACAAACUACACCCAGUGUAAUCUCCGUACACAUGAAAAAGUAAAGACAGCCCUGAAUUUGUAUUAUCUGGCCAUCAUCGGGCAUGGUCUUUCAAUUGCGUCACUUUUGAUUUCCCUUGGCAUAUUCUUUUAUUUUAAGAGCUUGAGUUGCCAAAGGAUCACCCUACAUAAAAAUCUGUUUUUCUCUUUUGUUUGCAACUCCAUCGUUACAAUAAUUUGGCUGGCGGCAGUUGUCAACAACCAACAAUUAGUUGCAACUAAUCCAGUUAGUUGCAAGGUAUAUCAGUUCAUUUACUUGUAUUUAAUUGGUUGCCAUUACUUCUGGAUGCUCUGUGAAGGCAUUUAUCUGCAUACUCUCAUUGUGGUGGCUGUCUUUGCAGAGAAACAACACUUGAUGUGGUAUUAUCUUCUCGGCUGGGGAUUCCCACUGAUCCCUGCCUGCAUACACGCUGUAGCAAGAAUUAUGUAUUUCAAUGACAACUGCUGGAUCAGUUCUGAAACUCAUCUGCUGUACAUUAUCCAUGGGCCUAUUUGUGCUGCUUUAGUGGUGAAUCUUUUUUUCCUGUUGAAUAUUGUUCGAGUUCUGAUAACCAAGCUCAAAGUCACACACCAGGCAGAAUCCAACCUAUACAUGAAAGCUGUGAGAGCUACACUCAUUCUAGUGCCACUUCUUGGCAUUGAAUUUGUGCUGUUUCCAUGGCGACCAGAAGGCCGUAUUGCUGAAGAAGUAUAUGACUACGUGAUGCAUAUCCUUACACAUUAUCAAGGUCUGUUGGUGGCUACAAUUUUCUGCUUUUUUAAUGGAGAGGUCCAAGCUGUUUUGAGAAGGCACUGGAAUCAGUACAGAAUCCAAUUUGAGCACAGCUUCACUCACUCAGAUGCUAUGCGCACAGCUUCCUACACGGUAUCAUCCAUCAGUGAUGUUCAGGGCUACAGCUUCAAUCACGAUUUCAUGAAUGAACAUUUAAAUGGGAAAAGCUACCAUGACAUGGAGAAUAUUGUUUUAAAAGCUGAAAAGCUGUAUGGUUGACUGCAGAAACGCUGCAUUGCCUGCAUUCUAGUCCUAAUAGCUCAUGAACUUGAUGUUUGAGUUAAUGACUUCGUGGCCAGAAGAUUUUUACCUCACUGGGGACAUGUUUUUCCUGAAUGAUGCUAACUUAAGACAAUGCAUUUCUCAUGUGUAUAUACAUAUGCACACAUAUGUUCAUACAUAGAUAUAAGUACAUAUAUAAAGAACCAGACUUUGCCUCUUCCAUUUCUACUAUGUAGACCAAGUUGGCAAUUAUUUUGUAUGCAGGGACUCAAUGAAGGAUUUCUUAUUUUGUUGAAAGUUUGUGUAAAGACUGUGUUGCAUUGAAAGCCAUUUCAUUUACCUGCAAGAACUCAUCUUGUAAAUACUGUCUUAAUCAUAAUAUAUUUGCUAAAUUCA